AAUGCAUGCUGACAUUCACCGGAAAAGCACCAGCAGGACAGUAUUUCAUCUACCUGAUGGCAGAGGACCUGAUUCCUGUACCCAAAAACAUCCACACCACAGACAAUAACCCUCUCAGCUCUGUGCCUGUACACCUCUCUCUCACUGUGGAGGAGUCUGAUUCCAGCUGCAGUGAGGAACCUCUGGCAACAGGUGGGACCCCCAAAGAGGACUCCACACUGUUUGUCCUGCCGUACCAGCAGGUGAAAUUCGACGUCAACUUUAUGUCACAGCUGGAGAGUGUUUUAGAAGUAGCAGUGGUUGGUCCCCCUGAACUCUUCAGAGUUGGGUUCAAAACAGUCGGCCCGCUUGCACUAAUGACCAUUGCCUGGGUCCGCUCCGAAAACAAUCUGGCCCGCCUUUUGCCCAUAUGCUUUGCUGUGAACACCAAGAGUUUGCAGUCAGAGCCCAGAUGUGUGUGGCUGUACCAAAGGGAAAUGAGAACACUACCUGCUGGAACAGAGCUUAAGUGUGAAAAGACAGAGAUGACUCUGGUGCUUCCUGUCAACUCCCUGACCAACAUCAACCUGGCCGAACUGCAGCUCAACAGCCCCACCUGUCCUGUCACCUACAACAGCACAUACCUGACUGCACGCAUCUCUUUGAAUGGCUGCGGCACCAAGACUGUGACGGUGCAUCAGAUCUCCAACUGA